AUGGCUGACAAUCAGACAAAUGGUAUAAACUUGAAUGUGAGUUGUGUUUUUUGAUUGCCAAACUAGAUUUUUCUAUUUUUUUUGCAGAUGAUAAGUUUCGAACUUCCAAAAUGGCUUGUGAAAUGGUAUUUAUUUGUUGGAAUUCUAUCGAUUUUUUUGAACUCAUUUGGAUUGUAUUUGAUUAUUUGGAAAGGUUCACAGAUGGAUAAAUAUCGAUUUUAUUUGAUAUUUUUUCAGGUUUGACGAAUUUUAGUUUUUGUGGAGUUUUUUUUAGAAUAAAAACUGAUAAAACUUUUGGAGUACUGUAUCAUUUUUCAAACAGAAUACUGUAAUUCACUGGGCCAUAUUCUUCAAUUUCAAAGUUUUCAAAAGAUCCCCAAAAAACUUUAGCUAUUACAGUUUUGUUCUUUGGCUGUCGAUAUUCAAAUGAAUUUUCUAAUGCAACCAAUCGGUCUUUUUCCAAUAACAGGUGGAUAUGCAAAUGGAAUUCUCGCAAUAUAUUUCAAUUUCUCUCCUCAUAUUCUCCAAACUAUCACAAAUUUCAUGACUGCUCUUCAAAAUAAUGCAUUAGCUCUUUGUUUCAUUCGAAAACAUCAAACAAUUGCAAAAGUUGAUAUGAAAUAUGUUAUUCCAAAUUGGUUUUAUAAUCUUAUUAUUUUAUCAAUGCUUGCUCUCUCAUUUUCCGUGUUAUUUUUAUUUUAUUCCGCAGGAAUUUCAAAAGAAGAACAACUUGAAUAUAUUUCCCAAAGCUUUCCGAAUCUUUUGAAAAAAUUCAAUGAACUUCCAAAUUUUUCAAUUUAUAAAAUGAGCAAGGAUAUGCAAACUGCUUCAAUGUUCAUUUCAUUAAAUAGUCUGUUUUCAAUUAUUCUAGUCAUUUAUUCAACUUAUCACAUGUCAAAAAGACUGAAAAUGAUUCGAGUAAAGCUAACAGUCACAAGUUUCGAAAAACAUAAAGCAGCAAUUCGAAGUUUAUUUUGGCAAUUUAUUGUCUCAUUUUUGUGCAUAAUUCCUCCAAUUAUUUUAUCAAUUGCAGUUGUUUUGCAAUAUGAAAGAGCACAACGUAAGAAAUAUGAACUUUUAUAAAUAGAAAAUUUGAUUUUAUAAAUAAUCAUGAUAAUUUAGUUUUGGCACAUAUUCUAAAUGCAAUUUUCGCCUCUCAUUCUUCGAUAAAUGUUAUUGUUAUGAUUUGGACUUUUCCAACUUUCCGAAAAUUUGUUCUACGCAAUAAAAUAAGGUAUUUGAGGGGUUACCUUUUUCGGGGAUGAAUUUUUUCCAACAAAAAAAUUUCAGGAAUAAUAGAACGAUUCCAUCUUCAAUCAGCGGAAUGAAAACUACUGUAUCACACGAAAAUAGAUAA